ACUUUACCAGAAAUGAAGAAAGAAGUACAAAGACUAGAAGAAAAAUACAAAGACAUUGCUCAGUUGAAAACCAUGAAAGAACAAGUAGGAGAGCUGAAGAAAGAAAGAGUUUGGGCUGAAGUUAUUGAGCUGGAAAAAAAACUUGUUCCUAAGGAAAAAGAAGUGAAUAAUCAAAAAGAAAGAGAACCAAGAUACCAACAGAAUGUUGUGGAAUGUCAGAAUAAGAUUGCAGAAUUGGAGCAGGAAUGGCAAUCUGUCCAGGAAUCAGUGAAUCUCGUCACAGAAGAUGCAAGAAAAGUUCAGGAACAAAAAGCAGAAAUAGAUACUUGUCUGAGACAGAAGAAGMAUGUUUUCAGAGAAAAGCAGUCUAAUCUAAAAAAGCUAAAACAGGACAUGGCAUCUGUAAAAAUGGAUGAAAAGCAACUAAUUGACAAAAUCAAGGAGAUUAAACAAACCGCGAUGAGGGACUUAGAGACUGAAAGGAAUCAAAGACAGUCAGAACUGCAGUCCAAGAGAGAGGAACUGCAUGCUUCUCAGAACCAGCUAUCAACAACAACUCACCACAGGGAACAGUUAGAAAAGGCAAUAAGUAGAGGGAAAGAAAGAUCUUAUGGGUUAAGGAAUGAAGUGUCUGAUUCAAGCAGAACAGUAGAUUCCAUUAAGCGCAAUCUUCAUAAUCUCCAGAGCAGCAGAGGUGACAAAUUGAGUAUCUUUGGUGCUUGGGUUCCUGAACUGUUGAAAAGAGUCAAACAGGCUGAGAGAAGGUUUCAUCGUGUUCCGGUUGGACCAAUAGGAGCACACCUGACUUUAAAAGACCAAAAGUGGGCCCUAGCAGUGGAGUCAUGUCUCAAAGGGCUAGCAUGGGCCUUCUGCUGCCAUGACAGCCAUGAUCAACAAAUGCUGCGUCAGAUGAUGCUUCAAGUGUGUCCUAAGAACAAUGUGCCACAGAUCAUCAUCAGCAGGUUCCAGGAUCAUGUUUAUGAUGUCUCACACAAUAGGCCACGAUGUUCUUACAGCACAGUACUAGAUGAACUGGUUAUUAAUAACCCAGUUGUUGCCAACUGCCUUAUUGACCAGGCUGGUGUAGAGACUAUAUUGUUGAUACAAAACCCCAAGGAAGCCCGUGAUGUCAUGUUUUCUACACCACCACCRCAAGGAGCAAGAAUUGCAUAKGCAGGCAAUGGUGAUCAGAUCAUUGGUGGAAAUUCCGCCAAGUCCUAUGCAGCACAAAAUAGUAAUGCAAGAUAUCUACAGCAGGAUAUAGAACAGGAAAUAAGGCGUUUAGAAAGUGACCUUCGACAACRGGAGCAACACCAUCAACAGYUGCAGCGAGAGUACACUGAAUUGGAAUCAAACAUCAAUGACAGCAAGAGAGAGUUACAAAGCUCAAGAAAAAAAGCCAUGAGAGAGCAAGAAACAGUCAACCGUCUUAUGGGGGAAAUUUCAGAGUUAGAAAACUAUGAAGAGGAAGAGUUACCUGAUUUAACUACACUGGAAGACGAACGGGCAUCUUAUACCCAGCAAAUAGAAGAGUUAAAAUCACAGUUGACACAASUAGAGGAGGACUUUGAAAAGGCACAGGAAGCUGUUCAAAAACAGGAACUGAAGAAACAGCAUCACCAUGAAAAAAUGCAGGAAGUAAUGGAGAAACAUGAUCCUCUAAAGCAACAACAAGAUGAAAUCACAAUGAAAAUAGCCCAGCAGAAGAACAACAAGUCCCAUUUUGAAAAGAAGUGCAAAGAAGCUAGCGAUGCCUUUCAGAAAGCUGAGAUAGAACUCAGAAAUUUUCAGCAAYAUGUUGAGGAGAUCACAGGACAAGCUACUGAUUACUGUGAAAGAGUAGAAACGAGRAAAACUGUUAAGAGUCUGGAGACUGAAAUACACCAGAAAGAACGGAGAAUCAGGACUGAGGAACAAAAUCAUGGCAAACAUGAAGAGGUGACACAGCAAUACCAUGAAGCCAAGACCAAGUAUUUAGAAACUAAAGAAUCCAUGAAAAACUUAARGCGUUAUCACAAGCGUCUAGAGGAAGUAUUAAAAAAGAGAACGACUGCUUAUGUGGAUUAUCGCAAAUUCAUAGCUAUUCGAGCUAAGUUCUUCUUUCAAAUGAUGUUAUCCCAGCGAGGUUACUCUGGAAGAAUGAGAUUUGACCAUUCAGAGGAGAGUCUGCAGCUUGAGGUGAAUGUUGACCAAGGUACAAAGAAAGCAUCCAAGGACACCCGGUCACUGUCUGGUGGUGAGCGAUCAUUUUCUACCAUCUGUUUUAUCAUGGCCUUGUGGGAAGCAAUGGAGACUCCUUUUAGGUGYCUGGAUGAGUUUGACGUCUUCAUGGAUAUGGUAAACCGUCGUAUUAGCAUGAAUAUGAUGCUCAAGGUUGCUAAGGAACAAGAGGAAAGACAGUUUAUAUUGCUGACUCCACAAGACAUGAGUUCUAUUGGUGGWGGACGAAAUGUAAGGAUAUUCAGGCUCAGGGAUCCAGAGAGAGGACAGACCAUCAUUAAUUUCCACCAAGAAGAGCAAGAUGAUAGUUGAAUAUAAUAAUUACUAAUGUAAUCGUAACACAGAGAAGACCAAUCAGUAUCUGGACAAUGAGAUUUUACCAAUAUGUUAUUCUAAAGGUCUUCAAAACUCACAGGAUAGGAGAAUAAUUACUAUAGCUGGAAAGAGCAUGUUAAAAUUAGCAGAACUAUGAAGUUUGAAGGAAGGAAGUUCAAAACUAACCAAGMUGUGAAUUAAAAAAAUCUAAUUUUUGGUCAAAACGUUUGUCUUUGCUCAGUCCUAGCCUCAAUUUGUACAAAUGCGUUUUUUUUUCUUUCAUUAAGGUUCAUUGUAUGGYAAGCACUGUUCGAACUAUGGAACAGUACGAGUUGUUUAAAAUGCCACGGGUUUUGGUUGAAUAUAUAGCUGAGUAUUCUUACACACAACCGAGACUAAGGCUGAGCAAAGAGAACUCGAAACUUGGAGUAUUUUAACAUGCUCUUUCCAUUUAUAGUAAUUAGUUCUCUGUUUUACUAACUGAAAAACCCCAGUUAGAAAAGCUCAUUGUGUUGUAGAAAAAAAUUGUAAAAAAAUACAUUCAAUGUUGUUACUGUUCAUGUGAUUUUCUGAUAGGAGUCUGUACUUGAUUGAGGACUUCAAAUAGACCUCUUUACCAAGUGUC